UCAUUUGCCAAACAAAAUCAUGCAUUGCGCUGUCAUUAAAAUUCAAUGCCUUCAAUUAGAUUUUGUGAGCCGAAAAAGUUAGAGAUCAUCAACUUUGGAAUUGUUAGAACAUCAGAUCUACUACUCAUUCUCUUUCUCGACCUCCUGGCUCUUAAAGCUAAUUAACGCCACUGCCUUCCCUCCUCCUCUUCGUUUCGACCUCUACAAACGAACACACAUGUCGAAUCAAAGACAGGUGGAAGGCUAUGAAUUGGAAGAACAGAUGAGGCUCAGCUGCUCUCCCGCCCUCUCCUCUCCCCAUCAUUCCGGCGACCCACCACCAGCGGCGGCACUCACAGCAGCUUUUACUCCUCUCUACUACGUCCAGAGCCCCCACUCCUCCCUUUCCCAUGCCCACACCCACACAACUCAGCAGGCGGAUCAGACGCCGCUGCUCUCCCCCAUCACCUCCACUUUCACCGCCAGUGCUGCCACCGCCAUGAUCGUCUCUACCAAUCAUCGGCACCACGCCAUUAAUGACUCCAACAGCUUCUCUAUUGCCCUCCCUCCCGAUCAGAGCGCCAGGUCCAACCUCUCACGAUACUCGUCCUCCAGGGGAUCAAGCAGCUCCUUCCUUCGAGCCAAGACCAACUACGUCUUCUCCAAGCUGGAGAACGGUCUCCGCAAUGUGGGUGGCGGCGAUAAUGGCGGCCAUGGUGGUGGUGGCGAUGACGACGACCUCGAUACUUCGGCGCAUUGUGUGUACCUUGUGGUGAAGAUUGCAUGGAAGGCUUUGGUUAGCUUUCUUGCUGCAAUUUUUGUCUUCUUACUCCUUACACGACAGCCUAUACCCCAACUGAAUGUCAAGGACGUGAUGAUUAGAGAAUUCAGGUUGGCUGAGGGAGUAGACAAGUCUGGCGUCCCAACCAAGAUGCUGAGGUUCAACUGCUCUGUGGAUUUGGAGAUUGACAACAAAUCUAGGGUCUUUGGUGUUCACCUUCACAAAGCAACGCUGCAACUGGCCUUUCAAAGCCUCACUCUUGCCAUUUCACAUGGGGAAGAGAUGUAUGUGGAAAGGAACACGGUGCUGAGCUUCAGGCUGUUUAUUGGUGGGAAGGAGAAGGCCAUGUACGCGGCGGGGGAGGCGAUGGAUGCGAGGUUGGAGUCAGGGAUGGGGCUGCCCCUUGAGCUGCGACUGAGCAUGAAAUCACACGUUGCCCAUCUAUGGGGCAUCGUCAGGCCAAGCGGCUUCACUCACCAUACCCAUUGUACUCUGCUGUUCCUGGACCGCAAAGAUCACGUUUUCCUGCGUCCCAAACAGGACCGGAACGUUACAUGCACGACCCGCUCUCGUUAAUGUUUACCAAACUUAAUUUGCCAAGUCACUUUUUCCCUCCUUUUAGAUCUCAUAUAUAUCGUCCGAGUUAUAUAUUGUCUGUAAAUGGUUAUGUAGCUGCACGGUUCAGAGACCAAUGCAUGCUUCGGUGGAUAGGAUCAAGAU